AAGCCGUGAGCUAAGGCUUUCAUCGCCGGGUCCGACUUACAAAGGGUGCAAUCACGGAGGAUAAGUGCUUAUACUCCAAUUCCUACCUACUCCUCGCAUCCUCGCAUAAAUUCCGUUGGCGGGUACUACCUGUUUAUGCCGGCAGCCUUCUCACGUCGGCUGGACUUGUAGGACCAGCUGUCCGCUCCUUUCAACUUUGCCAUUUGGCGAUUGGUCGCGCGUAACUGAGUAAAUACUUUCACUACUUCACUACUUUCACUUCACCAUGUCGGCUUCUUUGCCUGGAAGUCGGGAACUGCCCGAGUCGCAAUAUGACUUAAGCACGUAUUGGGGCCGUGUCAAACAGACGGCAACCAUUACAGAUCCAAGAACUCUUUUCGUUGGAAACCAUGGUCUUGAGCAAGCCAAAAAGCUGUUGAUCGCAUAUAAGCAAGGCGAGAUAAAGGAUAUGACGCCGGAAUUAUGGAAGGCGAAGAAGAUCGUCGACUCUACACUACAUCCCGAAACCGGAGAGCCAGUCCUCCUCCCCUUCCGCAUGUCCUGUUUCGUGUUCUCGAACUUGGUCGUCACAGCUGGAAUGCUUACGCCGGGCUUAAAGAACACCGGGACUGUUCUCUGGCAAAUCACCAACCAGUCUCUUAAUGUUGCCAUCAACCACGCGAACGCGAACAAAUCAAACCCGCUCUCCUACUCGAAAAUCGCACAGUCGUACUUCCUUGCCGUUGGCGCAUCUUGUUCCGUAGCAGUAGGUCUGAAUUCGAUUAUCCCCCGGCUGAAGGGAUUUUCGCCGUCGACGAAGCUCGUCCUCGGGCGGCUCGUGCCCUUUGCGGCCGUGGCGUCUGCCGGUGCGCUUAACGUGUUCCUCAUGCGCGGCGAAGAGAUGCGCACGGGAAUUGACGUUUUCCCCGUGCUCUCGGAGGCGGACAAGGCGCGGCUAGCGAAGGAGGGCAAAGCCGAAAACGACGUGCCAAGCCUGGGCAAGAGCAAGAAGGCGGCGACGCUGGCGGUCAGCGAGACGGCGCUCAGCCGCGUCUUCAAUAGCAGUCCCAUCAUGGUCGUCCCGCCGCUGAUCCUUGUGCGCCUUCAGCGCACCGAGUGGCUCAAGAAGAACCCCCGCUACACGCUGCCUAUCAACCUCGGCUUGAUCCUCGGCAUGAGCUUCCUCGCGCUACCGUUUGCGCUGGCGGCAUUCCCGCAGCGCCAAAAGAUUAGCGCGGAGAGCUUAGAGGAGGAGUUCCACGGUCGUGGAGGAGAUGGGGGGAUGGUCGUGUUCAAUCGUGGUAUCUAGACGGAAUGCAUCAUUGUUCGGCGGCGUUAGGUAGUCACGUUAGGCGUUUCUGGAGCGAAACAAGUCGAGGGGGAUUGUUAACAUGGUCUUGAUGAUUUAGUUUGUGGGAAGAAGUCGUCAAACCAGUACCAUAUAGUGCGAUGUCAUG